GAUGAGGGGUCCUGGAGGGCCGUGGCCCACACCAUCACAUCCCUUGCCCCCCCUGGCAAGAGGUUCGGGGAGCUGGCGCUGCGGGGCAGCAAGCUCCGUGCAGAGGAGCUGCCGCCGCUGCUGCGGGCGCUGCACGGGACAGGAGUGCGGACGGGCGGCAGGGGCGACACGCAAGCCUACUUUGGCGGGGGGGCGGGGAAUGUUCGCCUCUACAUCAGAGACGACGUGCCUGAGAGGGGACCAGUGGUGCCCAGUGACGCCGACCUGCAGGCGACGUGUCAAGACUACCAGAGCUACCAGCGCCGCCUAGG